CAUGACACGCCCCAACUUAGAAAGAUCGCACUGGUAAAAAGUGCUUUCGAACAUUUGUUUAUUUCAUCGUGAGAACUCACAGCAGUCUUGUUGCUUUGCUCGCCCUGCUAAAUCAAAGGUGACUUAGAAUAAGAAGAGUCCCCUUAAGGCCACUGCCAUGACAAUGGGUUCUACAAAUGCAAUGCUCGCACAACUAAUACAAGAUGCUGUGUUGAAACUAUGCACACAAAAUGUUGUGUUCAAUCGUUCAUUGGAGAUCGAUGGGAUAAUAUGUGUAUCUCCUGGUGAUGAAGCUAAAGAGAUUGUCGUAAAAAUGCAUAGGACCAUAAUGAAACCAAUGAUUUCACAAGAAACACCCGAAACAACAACAAACUGGUCAACAGAAAAUGAACAAUCAUCUGCGUAUUAUCCAAGUAAUGAAGCAAUCGAAUCAUUUCCCGAGACACUUCCCCAAAGACCCCUUCACAGUACUCCAACACAGAGGAAAAGACAGAUGAAUAAUAGAGACAAUGUUCACAGAUCUGCAACUACAACUCAUCCAGCCAGCCCUUAUGUGUACAACUCACGGACUGAAAUUAACCCUCCUGUGCCUACUGCUACUCAAGUUACCCCAGGUGGUGUAGUUGUGGCAACUGAAGGGUUAACAAUAAAAGAAGAGCCUCCGUCUUCCCCCAAACGCAUUAAACGAUCCCUCUCUGAAGACACGCAACAAGACACUCCCGGACAUUCCACAGAAAAACAACCCAAACUUGACCAAACCCCCGGUGCUAAUGAUAAUCAAAACAUGGACAAUAUAAACAUUAAACAAGAAAAAGAAGAACCUAUAACUAUUGAACUAGGGGAUGAUGAUGAUGAGGAAGAGGAUGG